AUGAAAUCAUCAAAUUAUGAAACAAUAGAAUUGUAAGGUAAUCCUGCUUCAAGAGCCAAUGAAGACGAUGCAUUUCAAUAGCAUGGAAGACUAUCAUAUUUGUUUUAAACAUCUUAACCAUUAAAAAUAAGUUAAAGAAAAAAGUCAACAAUUAUUGGAAGUUCAAAAAAGAAUGCUUUUGAAGAUAGUAGGAUUACAAGACUUUAUUUUGAAAGAUAUAGAGUGUUAGAAUUAGGCAGAAUGUGGACAAUUUGUGCAAGUAUUAUUCUAAUGGUUCUUGAAGUUAAUUAUUUAUAAAUAAUAUAGUAUGAGGUUUCAUUUGCUAAUUAGUUAACGGAAACAUACCAAGAAGAAAUUAAAACUCUAUUAUAUUUGAUUCUAAUCCUAACUAUUGUUUCAAGUAUUUUAUUUAAACUAUUUAGUUAUAAUGACAUUGAUGGCAUAUUUAGCAGAACUCGAAUUUAGGAAACGAUCUCUUACAGUACCCAAAGCCUCUAAUAUUUUUCAGACAAAUCUCAUUUUUCUUUUGUUAAUAGAAACUACUAUGUUACUACCUUGUCCAACUCCUUAUACUAUUGAAUAUAAAGUUUCAUUCUCACAACGAUAUUCUGAUUAACCAAGAUUCUAUUUCGUUAAUGAGAUAUUAACCUUCGUAAUGCUUUUUCGAUCAUUAUUAAUAUUGAACAUAGCAUUUAAGUUCUAGUCGUUUUAUUCGAAUAGAGUAAAUAGAUUAUGGUAUUUUUUCAUUUUUUUAAUUUAGUGGUAUAUACUCAGUUGAAUUCGGUCCUCAUUUUAUAUUUAAAGUUGCUAUUAGAUAGAAUCCAUAUUCUACACUUUGUGGACUUUUUUGCAUGGGAAUUUUCUUGUNAGCUAUAAUAACAAAGAAUAUAAAAAAAGCAAGUUCAAGAAUAUUUUUUUAUUUAAAUGAGUUAAGAAAAGGAAAGAAAUUAUAAAAAGUUCAAGUGAUGAAUAACAAUAAUAAUUUAGAGGAAACAUUAUUUAAUUUAGAAAGAUUUCUAUAAGAUGUAGGGAUGUUGAAAAGGUAUUAAAUUAUUUAUUUAUUCAAUAGAAUGCAUAGAGAUAUUGAUGGAGAAGAAUUCUAAGAAAUGAUUAAACGAAAAUUUGGGGAUGCUAAUUGUAAAUUCAAAGAGAUUAAAUAACAAAUAUAUAAAUUUAGUGAAUAAUAAAUUUUAAUUCAGACUCACCUAUCUAAACUAUUAUAAAAUUCUAUAUUGGAAAAAGAAUAGAAUUAAAUACAAUAGAUAUAAUUUUCAUCUAUUUCUCAAUAGAUUAGUAAGAAAAAAAUAAGUACAGAAGAGGAGAAACUUAGCAAAGAUGAUGAAUUUUUCAAUAAUUUAGAUGAUUCACAAAGAGAUUCAUGUUUAAUGAGUUUCCAUGAUUGA